AUGCAAGAAUGGAAGAAAAGAACAACUGCAGUGAUCGUCCUGGUCGCUUUUUCCGUCUUCGUGACCUUCGCUGUGUUGUGGCUGUCGAUGGGCUCCCGCGCUAAACUCUUCCGAACGGUCGCGUUGUCCUGGUGCACCGCAGACAGCUGCCUGGAACACGCGGCACGUCUCACCGAAAGCAUGGACAGGACCGUGCAACCGUGCCAAGAUUUCUACGCUUACGUGUGUGGCAAGUGGAAGCCCUACGCCGACGAGACAUACAUAUCGGACGUCGCGGGUAGGAUGAGAGCGAGUCUCCUGCGGGCAAACUCGAUCAUACUCUACAACGGCUCGAGUAGGCAAUCGUCCUUCAAGAAAGUGUCCGCUACGUUUAAAUCUUGCAUUGAAAGAAAGAGCGAAGAUCAGGCGUCAAAUAUCAAAAAGUUGAAGAAGUUCAUGUUCGCUCGUGGCAUCCCCUGGCCACAGGACCCACCAGAAGACAGACAUCCCCUGGACGUCCUUCUGGACUUGGACAUAAACUGGGGCAUACCGGUACUCUUCAAAACCAGGCUUUUCAGCAACCCCUUGGUCGCGGUGGUCGUGCGUUCCAACAGCCUGACUGACGUUAUUCUCGGAGAUAAAAAGCUUCGGGAGUAUUUCGAGGAAGGAUCCGUGAAGAAACGAAUGUCUGCCUUCUAUAGCAUUUACACUGGCGAGACACCGAGUGUAGGAAAGUUGCAACGGGCACAGGGUAUCUAUGUAAAUAUUAUCCAAAAGGCUAAGAUCGCCAUCGUCGACGCGGAAGGUUUCGUGCGCACAAAUAUCAGCGACCUGCAAGGUCCGACAUCAGCGAUCAGCAACAGUACGAACACGUGGUUGGCGCUCCUAAAGAAACAUUUUCGCAUCUACAACACUUCUAAUUUAAAUGGGAGUACCGAGGUAGUCACAAAUAACGUUAAACUUUCCGCGGUCGUAAACGAACUUAUCGAAACGUACGCGUGGAAAGAUAUUCUUAGCGCCAUCGGGUUUUGGUUCGUUGAACUCUACACGAGUGUUGCUGAGGACCAACUCCUUAAAAUCACAUUCGGUAGCACAGCCACCAAGAUGCUGCAGGUGGUGUGCUACUAUCAAAUUGAACAAAGGUACGGUUCUGCGGCUAUGUUAACUGGAUACAUAACUAACCGCUUCAAAAUGAACAACCAGGACCGUGUCAACGAUCUGCUGGCAGACUUAAAAUACCACGUUUUGGCAGUACUUCAAAAGGACCAAACUGAGGGAGUGAUCCACAAAGUGCGCAGCAUCCGUUUCCGACUCUGGCCUUCGUCAUCUCUAGAAAACUCGCUGAAGAAAGCUUUUCCAAGUAUACAGCAUGCUUACAUUGACUUCUGGACGAAUACCUCAGCCUCUGCAGGUAGCAGCUUGGGUCUACCGCUUUAUGAUGAUCUGUACGGACUGCCAGGAUUUCUCGACCCGUUUGUAGAGUACAGACCUCUGGACAACAUUCUGACAAUAUCUCUUAAUGCCCUCUCGUCGCCACUUUACUACAACGACGGCACCAGGGCGAUCAUCUAUGGCGGUCUUGGAUGGCAGGUUGCACGAGCCAUCUUCAAAUCGACUGAAGGCAGGGCGUGCAAGAAGGCCUGCUCCGACUCCCAUGGCCUGGAGGCGUCCUUCGCGGCGUACAAGGCUUCACUGUCGAUUUCCGAGAGCCGCGCCCUGAGCAUCUUCGACAGCCCCGUUAAGGCGGGAAAGGUCUUCUUCCUCAGCCUCGUGCGAGGAACCUGCGGUACUUCCGGGAAGCACAUCAACGCCAUGCUCAAGAAGUUCCCGCCUUUCGCGAAAAUAUACGGCUGCGCCGCGACCGGGAAGAGCCGCCGAUAG